CGAGACUGGCUUUUUAUUUCCUUUUCGAUCGCUUUUUUCCUUUCGCGUCGAGCCUGAUAAACAGGCUCAGGAGUCAGUGACGGGGUGUUACAUAACGUGUAAUGCAGCAGAGCCUCAUGACUAGUGUCUCGGUGGCGGAGGGACUGUUCGGUCCUCCUGGUCCCAGUUGACAGAUUCUGAUAUGGACUAUGAGAGGCCAAACGUUGAAACUAUCAAGUGUGUGGUGGUGGGAGACAAUGCCGUCGGAAAGACCCGACUCAUCUGCGCCCGGGCCUGCAAUGCCACGCUGACUCAGUACCAGUUACUCGCCACACAUGUGCCCACAGUCUGGGCGAUUGACCAGUACAGAGUGUGCCAGGAGGUGUUAGAACGCUCCAGAGAUGUGGUGGAUGACGUCAGUGUGUCCCUCCGCCUCUGGGACACUUUCGGAGACCAUCAUAAGGACCGGCGAUUUGCAUACGGCAGGUCUGAUGUGGUGGUACUGUGCUUCUCUAUCGCCAACCCCAACUCUCUCUACCAUGUGAAGACCAUGUGGUACCCUGAGAUCAAGCACUUCUGCCCCCGUGCUCCUGUCAUCUUGGUGGGCUGUCAGCUGGACCUGCGCUAUGCAGACCUGGAGGCAGUGAACAGGGCACGGAGGCCUUUAGCUAGACCCAUUAAAUCCAAUGAGAUUCUUCCUCCGGAGAGAGGACGGGAGGUGGCCAAAGAGUUGGGAGUGCCAUAUUAUGAAACCAGUGUCGUUGCACAGUUUGGAGUCAAGGACGUCUUUGAUAAUGCUAUCCGAGCUGCGCUAAUCUCGCGCCGCCACCUGCAGUUUUGGAAAUCUCACCUCAGAAAUGUGCAGCGGCCUCUCCUUCAGGCGCCCUUCCUGCCACCAAAACCGCCCCCACCUAUAAUCACUGUGCCUCCUCCCCCAACCACCACAGAGGAGCAUCCAGUCGGUCUUCUUGAGGACCCACACUGUGCUGACGUCAUCCUGGUCCUGCAGGAGCGACAGAAAAUCUUUGCACACAAGAUAUACUUGGCGACAUCAUCUUCAAAGUUCUACGACCUGUUUAUUAUGGACACACAGACUUCAGAGGAGACUGAAAGGCCCACUCGUGGUCCUCUCUCUGGGCGAGAGCUGCUUAUGCGUGCUGCUAGCUUUGACGUCUGCGAGAGCAGCGAUGAUGGAGACAGGGCCAACCUGAGGGCCUGCACUAGUGAUGGGACCUUGAAAGAUUCGGAGGGGGGGCGACGGAGCAGAAUGCUCUCCUCAUGGAGCCGAGCUUUCAUCAGCAUCCAGGAGGAGCUGGUAGACGACCCUGUCACAUACAGCCCCAGGCCCAUGACUGUAGUGCACAUGGACCAGUCCAUGCAGCUUGGUCCUUUCCGGGCUGUUCUUCGCUACCUGUACACAGGUCAGCUAGACGAGAAUGAGAAAGAGCUAAUGCACAUUGCACACAUUGCCGAGCUGCUGGAGGUCUUUGACCUGCGGAUGAUGGUGGCGAACAUACUUAACAAUGAAGCCUUCAUGAACCAAGAAAUCACGAAAGCCUUCCAUGUACGACGCACAAACAGAGUCAAAGAGUGCUUGGCCAAAGGCACCUUUUCUGAUGUAGUAUUCAAGCUAGAUGAUGGGACGAUCAUGGCCCACAAGCCUUUACUCAUCUCUAGUUGUGACUGGAUGGCAGCUAUGUUUGGUGGGCCUUUUGUGGAGAGCUGCACGAAAGAGGUGCUGUUUCCCAACACAACUCGCAGCUGUAUGAGAGCUGUGCUGGAGUAUCUGUAUACGGGGCGGUUUUGCUCUCGACCUGACCUGGAUGCAAUGGAACUUAUUGUUCUUGCCAAUCGUCUUUGCCUCCCCCACCUGGUUGCACUUACAGAGCUCUACACGGUAACGGUACUGACGGAGGCAGCGAUGAUGGGGGCUGACAUUGAUGGAGAUGUGCUGGUGUACUUGGAUAUGGCCCAGUUCCACGGUGCCCAACAGCUCACUGGCUGGUGUCUUCACCACAUCUGCACCAACUACAACAGCGUCUGCCGCAAGUUUCCCAGAGACAUGAAGUCCAAGUCUACAGUCUGUUCUGCUGCAGAGAACCAAGAGUACUUCGAGAAACAUCGCUGGCCACCUGUGUGGUACCUGAAAGAGGACGACCACUACCAAAGAGCCCGCAAAGAGCGCGACAAGGAGGACUACCUGUACCAGAGACGGCAGUGUAAACGCAAGUGGCUCUUCUGGAACCUUCCUUCCUCCCCAAACUCAAACUCCUCUUCUUCUGGCUCGUCCGCCGUCAUUUGACCGAGCGGUAAGGCCAUGCUGAAGUGAGGAACAUCAGUGUGGAUGCAAGUUGUGAAGGAAACAAUAGAAGAUAAGCACUGCUGGCUAGGAACGCCCUGACUAUUCAGGCACACAGUUUCUCCUCCUGUUUGUUUGCCUCUGCAGUCAAACAGCACACCUCCAGGUCUGCAAGGUCAGCUCAAUCCAGUGGUUAGAGUAAUAAGUUGUGUUCCUUAGAUUUUUAGCUUUAGUGUACAUGAGGCUCAAACCUCAGUGAUAUGAACCUCGCUGACAAAUGGCACAGUGUAACUGGCGCAAAUAACAGCCCAUAUUUAUUGUUGUAUGUUCCACUACCUGAGUUUUAAAAAUAGGACUCUGCUGGCACAGAACUUUACACCUAUGAUCAUAAUUCUCAUCAAUUAACCAGAACUGAUAACCAAGUGCUGCUUAUCAGCUGCAACAACCAGCAAUUCAACACAGAACUUCUCAGUCUCAGAGAUAUAACACUUUGCCCUUAAGUGUUUGUACAAUCUACCAAACUGUGUGUACAGUAUGAUCUCAUCAACAGAACAUAACAAUGACAUAGCCUGCCAGGAAAUCCGUUAUUGACGUCGUUCACUCUAACGUGCUGAUUAUGAUACGUAUUAAUGAAAAUACUGGAACCUUCCACCCAUUUCUGUUCAGUCGUUCUACUUCUGAAUGUUCGUGUAUAAAGCUAAAAGUCAUAUGAGUCUGGACGUGCUCUGCAUUUAUGUAUUGUGAUCGUGUGAUUUGUGGCCUCUUGUCACAAAAGGGCUUUAGUUUACAUGAAUGCAUCCAGUGUCCUGUGACACAGGAGAUCCCAAAUCAAGGAAAAUAACUGUAUUUUCUGUAAAAAUGCCAGCAAAAACAAACCAGAUCACUAUUAUUUCCUAUGUGUUGCUUGAUGAGGCUUGUUGGCACACAUGUUUUCCGAGUUCUUCAGUUUUAACUAACAUGAAUGCCUCCGUCAGCUUGAUCACUGUCAUCCUGGAAAAGCAGCACAUGAUGCAUCUCCGAGCCUAUAGCGACACUUCCAGAUCUGAAGUGACCACAUGUACAUCACUAUCUCUCUGUGACGAUGUGUCUCUUGCAUCUGUCGCUGGAUGUGAUUCGGCCUUUAGAGAUUUACUUUAGUUGAUCAGAUGAUGCCCCUGCCCCCACCCCCCCCCGGGACUAUCUGCAGUUGGCUGUCUAAGACUUGUACAUGCAAGAGGCUUCCUCAUGCCUGGGUGAAGUCAUCCAUACUCUCCUACACACCUCGAGCACUUUCUGGACUCUCCUCCACAGAGACACACUCAAGAACCUCCAGUAGCAGCAUCCCAGUGAACGGCACUAAAGACAGUAUGGUGUCACGACAUGCUGCGGCAAGUGUGAUGAAAGAAACUUGGGGAGGAUACAGGACCAUGGUAUUCAAAUGUUUAAAAGAAAAGAGUUUUCGAUCAAAUCAUUUGUCAUGAUUUGUUUUGCACGCCUCACAGUGUCGUAUGUACAAGAUUGUCAUCUACUGUUGUAUUUGAUUGUAGAAUGGACUUGUAAGCAGGGUGCUCAGUGAAGAUGGGUAGAAUUGUAAAUUGUACAGAAUAUCAGAUGAACUGCACUUGCAUCACUCGAAUGUGCAGUUACCUAAUAUUGUGCACUGCAGGCAGUGAGCAGUACCGUACAGUAUUACUGAGUAAUACAUAUACUGAAUACAGACUUGACUUAUCCAACUUGCAUUUAAUUACUGUGCAGCUACAAAGUAUUGUUGAAAAUAACUGAAUACUCAUUGUGCUGACCUUCAUCUACAACUAAUAUAUACCGUAGUAUAAAGUACAUGCAAUUACAGGUAGUUUUAACAAACAGUUGACUAAUUGUGAAGCUGGAUUACAGUGCAAAGUAAAGUAGACACAUGUUUAUAUAAGUGACAUCAUAAAGACUCAUGAUACAUGAAAAUAAUAAUUAAAAAAAUCCAUUGUUUUUGGAAAAGUAAAUUGCAGCAUUUGCUUUUGCAGCAUAUGUUAAAGACAGGCUGGCUUUAAUCCUGCAUAUGGUUGGUUUAACUUUUCCAUACCAUUUUUGACUAGAUAUUUAGAGCCCAACAAAGAGCUUAAACGUUUCUGUGGUUCGAAUCAAUUCAGUGACAAAACCAAAAUUCUGUCUUGUUAACUUUCAACCUAAUGACUACAAUGCAUGAAGAGGGGCUCGCAAAAUUAAAAGAAGUUUGUUCAUUGUCAUUUCAAGUGUAAGAUAUAGAUUAGUAGUGGUGCUGGUGCUCUAAGCAGUAACUCUAAAUUGCUCUCAAUUACAUGUCAUUUCAAAUAUUUUAAUUGAUCAAAUGUUUUGGCACUCGUGGUCAGACAGUCAGCAGGAGUAUUGUUCUCUUUUUAGAGCCAUCUUUGUCUGAAUCCGAUCAUCUGACUAAUAAAGAAAUAACAGCCAGUUUUCACCCAAAUUACAGCUUAUUACAAUAAUUUAACAGCAGGAGUGUUAUAAUUUGCCUUGGUGGUGUGAUUGAUACAUUUCAUAGACAUGCAUUUCAUUCCUCAGUGCAUUCCAUUUAUCAGUGAAUCUUCUGCUGAGGUUUUGCAUCAACAGCACCUCAUGCCUUAAUGUACAGUGUAAUGUAUGUAUGGUAUUGAAUGUAAAGUAGUGUUACUGUGGUUACUAGUUUGUUUGCUAUAUGUUCAGUUACCAUGGUGCUCUCUAGGUUUUGUGUGUGUGUGUGUGUGUGUGUGUGUAUUUGUAAAUGUACUUAAUCCAUAAUUUGGAUGUAAAGCAAUUGAUUCGGGGAUUUCAAUGCGUGUGCUUUGGUAUGAACACUGCACAGGUUUUUUGUUCUUUUAAAACUCUCAACACAAAACGAAUGAACGACUCUGACCUUUGAGGCCACAUUAGACAAAACAUCAAUAUUGUGACAUUAACCAUGAACCCAUGAAAUGAAUGCAGGGAUUUCAAAUAUGUUUCUUUAUUUUAAAAUUGCUUUACGCCAACAAGUUCCAAUUUGCAAGUUUCCAGUCUGCAUAAUAAAAAAGAAAUUAAAAAAACGUAACAACAAAUCGCUGAGACAUUGCAGCCACUGGAAGUUAACUCAAACGUGUAAAUAGUAAUUGUGUGAUGACUUGCAACUCAAACAAUUGAUACAAGCUAUUGCAUAGUUUAACAUAGAUACUGUUUUUGUACUAUGCAUACUGAAAUGUCUGACUUUGAAACUACAAAUUUGCACUGCUUUGUAGCACCAGGUUCUAUUCAAAUUGCAUUAGAGGGUAUAGCAAACAUCAUUAGAUGCGUAGACAACAUCAGGUAGACAAAAAAAAAAAAAAAAGAUUAGAUCAUAAAUUACAAUGAAGUUGUCACUUGGGCCCUUUUCCAUAUGUUUGGGUGCUAAUAUCACCGCUGCAGAGAAGCACAAACCAAAGGGAGCUUUAGCAGCACCAGGAAUAUAUUAUAUAUGCUGCACAAUCACUAUUGCAUAGUUUAAGAGGCCUUGUUCAGAAAUGGUUGAAAAUUAAAUAAAUAAAAAAAAUACAUAUAUAAAAAAUAGAAGAAAAAAACUUGAAUGUUUUCUCAGUGUUCAAAGCCUUGAUGACAUUUUCCUUAGUCAUCUGGUACUUUUGUUCUGAAGAGCUGUUUUUAUUAUUUGGGAGCUGUAAAUCUGAAAUUCUGUAGCAUGUGUUCUUGACAAUGUGUAAAUAAUAUUUACUAAAUAAAAAGAGGAGCAACAUGUGCA